UCAUGUUUUUUCUUUCCAGAUAGCUACUGACAGCUUCAUCUCAGUUACUUAUCUCCUAAUGGAUGCCAUGACCCCAGUGACAGUUUUGUCACAUUUUUUUCAGGCUGAAAAUGUGGAUGUUGCUGUUGUGAUGGUAAAGACUGACCUCUGUAUGAAGAACAUAGAGGCAGAUAAAGGAUGCAACACUCCCUACCUGACAGAACUGAAGGAUGACCUACAGCAUUCCAGAUUUUUGGAACAUGAAAUCACAUCUAGUGACUUUAACCCCAAGAGCCUUGCUGAAAAUUUGCUGUACUCUGAUCAUCAAAUUUUUAUUCAUUCAAGGUUCCUGAAGAUAGGACCUCGAGGAAUGAUGACACCCCACUAGGGCCAUGAAGAAUAAGACCCCCACCAGGACCUCGAGGAAUCUUGACAGCAUUUAGUGUGAUGUCUAUGUGCCCUUUUUUUUCCUUCCUGGAUCCCACUGAACUGGAGGAAUUUGGAAAUCAGGAAAUCAGGUAUCUGAGUUUGAUGGUAACCCACAGACUGUGAAAAGGAAUGAAAAUAGCGAGGCAAAGCUGGAGACUAGAGACUAGAGAAGAAUUGUUGUUGGCCAAAAAAAUUGUCAAGACUGAGCAUUAUCCCCAAGAUUCCACUUGGAAAUUGUGGAGUCUACUUGCCAAUUACCACAAGAAGGAGUUCCCAAAUCUCUUUGUGCUAGGGAGGCUAUCUAUCACUACUAGCAUCCAAACUGCAGACUGUGAAAAGAAAUUUUCUGUGCAGUAUCCCACCUGACUGCCUUAAGAAACAAUUGAGAAAACAGAAAGAAGUGAUGUUGAUCAAAACUGAAGGAUAUGAUAGGGCUUCAUUUGACUUUGAGGAAGCCCUGCAAGCCUGGGAAAAUGUGAAGGAGAGGAGAAUCUAUGAACUGAAUCAAAGAACUGAAAGUGAUAAAAAGCUGAACCUAUUGAAACAAUCAUUUAUAUCCUUAUAUCAGCUUUAAAAAACAUAUUUUCAAUAUACAAAACUGUGUCUUAGGAUGCUAAUCACAUGUGAUGCUUAGGAUGCUGCUUCUGACCUACAUUUCUGCUUCAGUGACCAAGUUAAGAAGAUUUGUUAAGGUCCGUUACUAAGUAACUACUUGUUGUACAUCAACUAAAUUUGCAUUGCUUAUGUAUCUUAAAGAAUACUUAUCCCAUGUGAUGCUUUACAUGAAAAUGUACUUUAGUAAUCCAGCCAUAUCACCAUUGGCGGUUUCUUGUUUCUUGUUGCUUUUCUUUUCUUGAAUUUCUGUCUCUGUUUUAUUUUGGGUUGCUCACUCAUUUAGGUAAGUUGUAAUAUUAAAGUCUUGUGUUUAUCUUAACAUAGUCUUUAAGCUCCAUCAGAUUCACCAAUAUUGUGCCUGCCGGGGAACACCCCAUAAUUAGUCGUGUCUGUAAUUCUGGGGAAUUAUACUCACAAUUAAUUAUAUGUCAAUGUUUUUUGCUUACCUAUGUUCUACAUAAUCGCAUACUUCAUAAAUGUCUUGUGUAUUUUUGUAGUGUAUUUAUUGCAUUGUAGAGUUGAAAAGUCAGAUAAUUAGAGUGAGCAGCCCCUAUGAUUGCCAAAACUUACUGUAAACUAGGAACAAGUUACAGGAGCUUUUUCUUUGAUAAAUAAAUUUGAUUUUGUUUGU